AUGCUGGGUCUGCCUCCCAGACAUGUGCUGGACUCUGGUCUGCAUACACUGAAGUACUUCUGCAGUCCUGAUGGACAGACCUGGGUUCAUAAGAUGAAUCCACACGGCUGUGAGGAUCUACAUCUUUUUGUGGACCUCAUUAAACGGCUGCUGGACAUGGAUCCAGAUUCCAGGAGGCUACAGAUCAUCCCUUCAUCAACCCAUCCCUCUGCACUCAAGUUGAUGACCCAAAGCCUCAUUCUACAGAGUCUUCCAAUCAUCCAGGACGUUCCAGCCCUAGAGAUUCUCACACAAAACACCACUUGCCAUCUGGUCCUGUACCAUCUCAGGCACCAUUGGUUCCUGAUUCCUCAUCACCGGACCAAAAGCCUCAACACUCUCAAGCUUUCUCCUACUUGUGGCCAAAAAAGGAAGAGAGAAGAUGUAGAAGAGGGUUCUGGGAUCAGGAAGAAGAGGGCUAAAGAGGACGUCCUCAUCCGGAACACUUCUGGGGAGCUAUGUGAUGGAGAUGUUCAGCCACUGUCUUCACAUGUGGUCAGCGCUCCCAGGAAACAGGAGGCAAGAAGUGGAUCUCCAAUGGAUCAGUCCCAGCUCCCAAACUGA